UGGCCGUCCCGUCAUUUUGGUUCUAAGAGUAUAUGAAUAACUAUACCAGAACUCAGACUGAACUAUCAACGGUCAGGAAAAUGCCGAAACGAGGAAAAGGCAAAAACAAGAGUGCCACCAUGAGUGACAGGAGAUUUAAAGCCAAGCUGGAGGCCCUGCAGUGCCACUUCACUUGGUAUCAGGACCCCAAUGAGUCCAGACUUUUACGGCGGAAGGAAAAGCUGGAGGACAUUGGCACCGAGGCGGGAAACCCUUGGCUGGGCCACAUCUACAACCUGCGGGGGUUCUUUGAGUUCAAGCUGGGCUUCACUGAAGACGCUCAAAGACUGUUCCAGGAGGCUGCAGAGACCUUCAGCCAGAUACGACAUGUAGACGAGGGCCCCUGGUUGGUGGUGAACUAUGGGAACAUGGCCUGGCUGCACCACCACCUCGGAGAACAGGAAGAGAGUCAGAAGUACCUGUCCAAGGUGGAUGACCUGAUUCGAAGAUACCCAUCUCCAUCCCCGGGCCAGCACCACCCAGAGGUCUACGCUGAGAAAGCCUGGAGUUUGAUGAAGUUUGGUGCAGUGCAGAGCCUAAAUGCUGCAGAGUGCUUCGAGAAAGCCAUCAGCAUGCAGCCGGACAGGGCAGAGUGGAACACCAGCUAUGUUAUAGGGUUAGCGAGCUCCAAAAAGCACCAAGACAUCGACAGCGAACUGCUGGAGAAAAUUAAACUAGCAAAGGAACAGGAUGCAGAGAAUUUGUACCUCGCUGCUGUCUACCUUACACGACUUGCCAAGAAAGGGGAAAAAGUGGAGGAUGAAGUGCGUGAGUUAGGAAGGCAGAUCUUAAAGAAUCCGGUCAGCAGCUACAGUGGUAUAAAGCCAUUACUAAGAGUUUACUCUAACCAUGUAUCUGCAGAUGAGGCCAUUGAUUUGGCUGAGGAGGCUCUAAAUAAACACCCAGGCCAGCGUUAUCUUAAACGGUGUGUUGCACUCUGCUACAAAUGGAGGAUUAUGUUUGUCAGGGAGGGUCGACAAAGGCCAGGGAUGAUAGACCGAGCGAUCAGUCUCCAUAAGGAGGUGAUUUCUCUUUACCCCAACUCUUCCUUCGUCAAGAAAAUCGACCUUGCAAACAUGUAUGCAAAAUCGAGUAAUGAGAAGGCUAAAUGUGAGCAGAUCUACCAGAAACUGCUCCGCAGGGAUCUGGAGCCUGCAGAAAAACAGCUUCUUUACAACAAGUUCGCAAAUUAUUUACACUAUGAUAAGAAGGAUCACCAAGGGUCCAUUCAGUUCCACAUGAGGGCUGCUUCAAUACCAGCACAGAGCUUCUAUCGUGAUGAAAGUAUCAGAGCUCUGACGAGAAUAAAAGACACCACAACCUGGAACCGAAGGGCUCAAGAUCUUGAGCAGUUUCUGGCUAAGCUGAAACUGUAGAGUUCUCCAGAAGAACAGAGGUAUAUUGUAGGAAUUUGUAGGAUUAGUCAACUAAAAGAUUAACAUCAGAUAGACUACAAGUUCUAGUAACUCUAAAUCAAAUCAGAAACAGAGCCGUCCACCACUAGCAGGUACGACCACACAGCUAUAAUGCUAGACAACCUGGACAUAAACAAGGCCAUUUUCUGGAUAGCAACAAAAAUGUUUUUCAGGAGCAGGGAACCAUUUCAAGAAGGAAGUUCAACAAACUCAGAGUAACCCUUGGCUCUGAGGGAAUCAACCCUCAGAUAAGAAACCCCGAGUUUUCAGUUCCAGGAAAAGCAAAUUUAAUUCAGUUCAAUCAACUCGGAGAUAUCUAAAUAAACUCUGAGUCAGUUAAAUCAACUCAGACUCAGUUAUAUUAACUUAGAGUUACAUAAAUCAACUCUGGGUUAGUUCAGUCAACUAGGAUUUAAUUAAAUUGAAGUCUGAGUUAGUUCAAUCAACUCUGACUCAGUUCAAUCAAUGCAGGGUUAAUUAUUUCAACUCUGAGUUGGUUUGAUCAACUCUUAGUUAAACCAACUCUGAGUUACAGAAAUCAACGCUAAAUCAGUUCAAUUAAAGUUAAAUAAAUCUACUAAUUUAGCUCCAUUAAUUCGGGAUUAGUUAAAUAAACCCUGAGUUAGUUAAAUCAACUAAACGUUUGUUAAAUCAUCUGAGUCAGUGAAAUCAAUCAACUCUGACUGAGUUAAAUCAACUCUGGAUCAGUUGAGUCAACUGAGUAAGCAUCCACACUAUUGAUUUUCGUGUCGGCCAUUUUUCUGCUUCCGUGCCAGCUAUCUCCUCCUUCAUACUGUGUCAUAUCGGCACCGUUUACACUUUAAAAAAUUCAGUUUCUACGUCAUUCAACUGCUAUGAUUUCUCUCAUUCCUAACUUUUAGGGUUUUUUAAAUAUUUAACUUUAACAAUGUUCAACAGAUGGCAAAAUUUCACAAAUCCGCACUUUUUUCAAGUCCUCAUAACUUUGCCAUUUCUUGGGCUAUUUUCACUUUUCUACUAUCAUACCCUGCAGCUUCUUGUGCUCUUUUCAGCUAUUUUUAAUACUUUAUUAUACUAUUUAUACUUUUUCAACAAUUUUGCUUUCUGCUGAUCAAACUUUAUCUCAGACAUUUUACAGUGGAGUACAUGGAGAGACUUAGAGUGAUGACAUCAUCACUAGACUGCAGGAGAAGGGUUGUGAGUAGAAAAAACAGCUCUCCUGAAAAAAAAAACAAAAAAAAAAACAUUUGCUCCAGAGAAAUAACAAAUAUGGCAGAACAUAGCCACAUAUCCGCUCUUGCUCACAAAAAAGAUUUAAGGUCAAAAGGAUCAACAGUUUUCGCGAAGUGAGCUUCAAAGCGUGACCAACACCCCUUCAGCUGCUCAUCUACACUAAUAUUAAUUCCAUCCUGAGGUUCUCAGCGUGGGCUUUUGGAACCACUUUUUUAACUUACUCUUGAAGUAUGAUUUUUUGCUUCCCACACAUAAAAAUAUAUCGCCACGUUCAGCAACUUCUGCUGAUUCCCAUGAUACCUUUGGUUUUCUGCUAGGUUUCACAAGUACAGCUUGAAUUGACUUUAUUUGAGUGCAUGUUCUGGCCACUCAACUCAGUUUUCUGGGCUGUUUUAACAGACUCUUUCACAGGGGUGACUAAUUAGCUUUGACCUCAGCUGUGACUGAUGAGCUAUGAUGUAAUACAGGCUCUGACCAUAGCGACCUGGGAGUCUUUCAGACACACACACCACACAUCAACACUCUCUUACACUGUCACAUACAAGUGGCUUUAUCAUUUUUAAAUUUGAAAAAUAUUAUAAAACAAUGUGCUUAAGUGUAAAUUUUCAGACAAAAUUCUAAAUGGCUCUCUUCUAAUUUUUUAAUUUUUUUUUUACAUUUUUCACUAAUCAGGUAUUGCACUCCUCAGCUUUAUGCAGUUUUCAACCAUUUUUAUGCCUUUUAGCUAUUUAUUAUUUUCAGCUAUUUUAUGCUUUUAAGCCCUUUAUGCUAUUUAGAGAUUUUUAUGCUAUUUUCAGCUAUUCUUUUGCUUUUUCAGCAAUUUUUUCCACAGUUCAGCUCUCAGUAUCCCCACGCUAUUUCAGCUGAAGUUGUAUUUUUUUCUAGUCAAUUCUAAGUUCAUUUUAAAAAGUCUGAGUUACUUUAAAACACUCUGAGUUAGUUAAACCAGUGAAAUUAAUAGUGUCAUGUUCUGUCCUGUAUCUAUCUGGUAUCGAGACAGUACCAUCUUUUACUGAGUCUGAAUGAUUUCCAAAUAUUUUUAGAAAUUUGGCCCGAUUUUGUCCUGAUGGAACCUGUGGAGGGUCCAGAGGCUAGAUCAGAGGAUUACUGAUAUAAAACAGUAAAAAUGGAAGAAAAUAAGUUGGAUAGACAAGUUUAACAGUUAACAAUGAAGCCGCUUCCACUGUUGACCCAUGAAAACCCACGUAAAUAAGGGACAAACCUUAAAAAUGAGCGUUUUAUUACAGAAUUUAUGCACUUUCAUCUGGAUUAUGAUGACGUUUUUUUCUUAAUGAUCAUGUAGCCAAAGAUUUAAAGUUAUUCUGUCUGUUUUUAAACAUUGUCAUUAAUGUAAAAGUAAAGAAAUGUGAUUUCUUGUGAAUUUGAUUUCUCUUAAUGCACCUAAACCUGCAGUUUGACGACUUUAUUCUUUGCACUUGUAUUUUGAGUUUAAUGAUUUUGUGGUUUUAUUGAAUUUUGUGUAAUGCUUUUGCCUUUGUAGGACACUUUGAGUUGUUUCUGUAAAAUUAUUUCAGAUAAAUUCCCUACAGGGACAGUAAAGUCUGUCUUCUCAUCGAUAAACCAGCCUCAGUUUGUGACGUUAUCUAAGCAUUAUUUUGAUGUUUAGCAAAAUUACAGCCAGAUGAAACUGACUGUAUGCUGUGAAGCGUUAUUGUCAUUGUACUGACAAAAAUGGAGUUAAAUAAAAAUCCACUGUUUUAUGAAUAGAAAAAAGGGAAAACUGAGGUUUAAUGUGGAAACACUCAGAGGUCAUAACUCUUUGUUGUGUUAUUACUGGAAAACUGCAUUGUUGUUUUUUCUCAUUUAGAUUGAAAUAAAGUUUUAAAUCUUUA